UUUUUGGUAUCUUUUUGGUCUUUUGCAGGGACAAAAGAUGAAGACGCCUAAAGAAGUCAUCUUGGGAAUUUUACAAGACUUGGGAGAUGAGAACUUUGGUGAAUUUAAGUGGUACCUGGAAGGAGCCCUCAACGACUUCCCAGCAAUCCCAAAAAGUAAACUGGAGAACGCCAACAGGCUGAACACCGUGGAUACGAUGUUCCAGACCUACUGUAUUAACACAGUUGAUGUGACCAGAACAGUUUUAGUGAAUAUCAAUCAAAAUGAGCUAGUGAAGACUUUAUUAAAUAUGCCAAAACCUGCAGAGAUUCUUGCUUCGUGCCAGGGAAAAGUAAAAUCACACUUCAAUGAGACAUUCCAGCGUGUGUCUGAGGGUAUUGCUAAAACAAGAAACAAAACCCCUCUGAAUCAGAUGUUCACAGAGAUCAACAUCACAGGAGAAGGGCUCAAUGAUGAACAUGAGGUCAGACAGAUUGAAACAGCAUCCUGGAAACCAGACAGACCAGAACCAACAAUCAGACAAGAAGACAUCUUUAAAACCCCACCUGGAAGAGAUGAACCAAUGAGAGCAGUGAUGACAACGGGAGUGGCUGGCAUCGGGAAAACAGUCUUAACACAGAAGUUCACUCUGGACUGGGCUGAAGGCAAAGCCAACCAGGACAUCCAGUUCAUAUUUCUCUUUACCUUCAGAGAGAUGAAUCUGCUGAAAGAGAGAAGGUUCAGCUUGGUGGAACUUGUCCAUCACUUCUAUAGUGAAAUCAGAAUAGCAGGAAUCUGCAGGUUUGAAGAGUUCCCGGUGGUCUUCGUCUUUGACGGUCUGGAUGAGUGUCAACCUCCACUGGACUUCCCCAACACUGAGAUCCUGACUGAUGUUACAGAGUCCACCUCAGUGGGUGUGCUGCUGACAAACCUCAUCAGGGGGGAUCUACUUCCCUCCGCUCGCAUCUGGAUAACAACACGACCUGCAGCAGCCAAUCAGAUCCCUGCUGAGUAUGUUGACAUGGUGACAGAGAUCAGAGGGUUCACUGACCCUCAGAAGGAGGAGUACUUCAGGAAGAGAUUCAGAGAUGAGGAGCAGGCCAGCAGAAUCAUCUCCCACAUCAAGACAUCACGAAGCCUCCACAUCAUGUGCCACAUCCCAGUCUUCUGCUGGAUCACUGCUACAGUUCUGGAGGACGUGUUGAAGGCCACAAAGGGAGGAGAUCUGGCCAAGACCCUGACUGACAUGUACAUCCACUUCCUGGUGGUUCAGUCCGAAGUGAAGAAGCUAAAGUAUGAUGAAGGAGCUAAGAUAUAUUCACACUGGAGUCCAGAGAGCAGGAAGACAAUAGAGUCUCUGGGAAAACUGGCUUUUGAGCAGCUGCAGAAAGGCAACCUGAUCUUCAAUGAAUCAGACCUGACAGAGUGUGACAUCGAUAUCAGAGCAGCCUCAGUGUACUCAGGAGUGUUCACACAGAUCUUUAAAGAGGAGAGCAGCCAGGUGUUCUGCUUUGUCCAUCUGAGUGUUCAGGAGUUUCUGGCUGCUCUUCAUGUCCAUCUGACCUUCACCAACUCUGGAGUCAACCUGCUGGCAGAAGAACAAACAAUCUCCCGGCUGCCUAAAGUCUCCAGAGAAAAACCUAAACUAAAACAUCUCCACCAGAGUGCUGUGGACAAGGCCUUACAGAGUCCUAACGGACACCUGGACUUGUUCCUCCGCUUCCUCCUGGGUCUUUCUCUGGAGUCCAAUCAGGAACACCUACGAGGUCUGCUGACACAGACAGUAAGUAGCUCAGAGACCAAUAAAAAAACAGUGAAGUACAUCAAGAAGAAGAUCAGUGAGAAUCUGUCUGCAGAGAGAAGCAUCAAUCUGUUCCACUGUCUGAAUGAACUGAAUGAUGGUUCUCUUGUGAAGGAGAUCCAACAGUCCCUGAGCUCAGGAAGUCUCUCCACAGAUGAACUGUCUCCUGCUCAGUGGUCAGCUCUGGUCUUCAUCUUACUGUCAUCAGAAGAAGAUCUGGACGUGUUUGACCUGAAGAAAUACUCUACUUCAGAGAAGGCUCUUCUGAGGUUGAUGCCAGUGGUCAAAGCCUCCAACAAAGCUCUGCUGAGUGGCUGUAAACUGUCAGAGAGAAGCUGUAAAUCUCUGUCCUCAGUUCUCAGCUCCCAGUCCUCUAGUCUGAGAGAGCUGGACCUGAGUAACAACAACCUGCAGGAUUCAGGAGGGAAGCUGAUCUCUGAUGGACUGAAGAGUCCAACCUGUAAACUGGAGACUCUCAGGCUGAGUGGCUGUAACCUGUCAAAGAGAAGCUGUGGAGCUCUGUCCUCAGUUCUCAGCUCCCAGUCCUCUAGUCUGAGAGAGCUGGACCUGAGUAACAACAACCUGCAGGAUUCAGGAGGGAAGCUGAUCUCUGAUGGACUGAAAAGUCCACACUGCAGACUGGAGACUCUCAGGUCGGGAUUCAUAAACUUGUUAAACUGAUGUAAUCUAAAUCCU